CGGGUGGUUCCGGGUCAAGUAGUGGAACUAAACUCAAACAAACAGGACCGAACGUGGAACACUGAAUGAAACGCAAUAUGAUCCGAAACCUAUUGAAACAUGGUCACCACCCACGUUGGGCUCGCGCGUUUCUCAGCUCCUCCCCACUCUCUCACAGCGUGGCCAGUCCAGCUUCGAAGCUAAACGAGGUUGAAGAAGAAUGGAGAUGGAAGAGGGAAGAAUCAGAACCCGCGGUUCAGGUCUCGCAUCCUUGGCCCGAAUGGGUCGGUUUGAUGGAGUGCUUGCUCAAGAAUGGAUACUUCCAUGCUGAAGGAAACCCCUUCAAGAAUGCUGAUAUAGGAGCCAAAGAGGCCAAUGUUAUUAGAACUGCGUGCUUGAAUUUUGGGAGAGACCACUUUGAUCUUGUAAGGGUUUUGUCUCGAAAAGAUAUAGCAUCUACUGUAGUAUUUGGAUGUCCAAGCUUAGAUAGGAAAGUGAUCAACUCUGGAAAGCGUCUGAGAGCAUAUUUGGGCAUUGAUGAGGGAAAUGUGUGCAGCUCGUGCAAUUUGAGAGGGGACUGUGAAAGGGCCUUUGUGAACGCACGUGAAGAUGAAGGUGGAAGAACUGUGGAUGUUAUGCGUAUUAUUUUAACUUAUGGGCUUGACUCAAUUAUUGCUUCGGUGGAGAACAAGCCAUGUCUGAAGAAACAGGUAACAGAAUCUGUGAGAAGACUGCUGAAAGAAAUAGUUGACCACAGUAAUGAAGACAAAAAUUCUAAUUUUCCAGACACCACAGAGGCUGUCAAUGAACAAGUCCACCCCAAUCUGCAAGCCAAAGGCAAAAAAAAUGUUCCAAUGAAGCAGGGCGACUGGAUUUGCCCCAAAUGCAAUUUCCUCAACUUUGCUAGAAACAUCAGGUGCUUGCACUGUGAUUGCUUUUGUGAGGAAAAAAUCAAGCAGUUGAAAGAGGAUAACAAUCACUUACCUUUGAAGAAGGGAGACUGGAUAUGCAAUAAAUGCAACUUCCUAAAUUUUGCAAGGAACACAAGAUGUUUGCUAUGCAAAGAGAACCCUUCUAAUCGUCAAAUUAAUCCAGGGGAGUGGGAAUGUGACUCCUGCAACUACAUUAACUUCAGAAGAAACAUGGCUUGCUUGAAAUGUGAUCAUAGACGACCUAAGAUGUCAAAUGCUUCAAACACUCCUCAACAAGAGCAAGAAGUUAAAAACAACCACAAGAAUAGAAAAUUCGUGGAAGAUCGGCGUGAUAGUAGUGACGAAUCAUCAACGAUGUCAGAAAGAAAGAACAGGAAUAGAGAGCGGAGAUUUGUGGAGGAUGGAACUGAAAAUCACAAGUGCUUAAAUAGUUCGAAUUAUCCUGUUCAAAUUUUAGAUUUUCCUAUUGCUGGAGGUAAGUCUGAGUUGUCUGAGCCACUAAGGAGAGAAGAAUAUAAGAAUAAGGCUCUAAAAGAGAGCAAAAUGCAUUUGUGGCAAAGUGAAUCAGAUGAUGAGUUUUGUUCUGCUCAUAACUUGAGUACUGAUGAUGAGUUUUGUUCUGCUGAUAACUUGAGCACUGAUGAUGAAGAGAUGGCCGAAUGGUUUGGAAAUAAUAAGAAAUAAAGGUAUGAUUGCGGAAUGAGUAUAUCUUUGAUCACAUGUUUUGAUAUUUGUAUGAAGCAUAACUUAUGGUCCAACCUUAUGUCAACAUAUAUAUAUAACACACUUGUGACUUGUGAGGCUUUUCACAUCA